AUGCAGCGGCCACCCACGCACCCACGAUCGGUCCUCUUCCUCCUCCACCUGCGGCUCGCCGUCCCUUCCGCGCAGCGCGCGCAGCGGCAGCAGCAGGCCAGCCGCUUCUCAACCACCCAAUCAAAUGACGCCGCAAAGAGCAAGAGCAAGAGCAAACUCCCCUCGUCGAGCCUGCACAACGACCUCGCCUCGUUCCGGCGGUACGCCACCGAUGUCGACCUCCCCGUCGACACGACCGUGUACGUCGGGACGAUCUAUGAAUACACCGUCCUGCGCGUCCUCUCACGUCUCGGCAUGUUGUUGACACGGGUCGGGGGCCGUGACGACCGGGGCGUAGACCUUCUCGGAACGUGGUCACCACCGCCCGCGCUGCCAUCACGGCCGGCAUUGCGCAUCUACGUACAAUGCAAAGCGGAGCGGGCGCGGGCGGGGCCAAAGUUUCUUCGGGAGCUUGAAGGGACGUUGGGGACCACGGCGACGCGGCCGCUGGGGAUACUCGCCACAAGCGGGUUCUGCACCCCCGGCAUGAGGAGACAUAUGCAGCUGUCGAGAAUGCCGCUGGCGUAUUGCUGCGUCGAGCCUAGGGAGGAGGGGGGUUAUAUAAAGCAGUUGAUCUGGAACGCUGCGGCGGCGGAGUUGAUUGGAAAUAGGGUCAGGGCUACCACGAAGUUUGUACCUACUGGUGAGGUCGGCGAGGAUGGUGAGGAGGAGAUUCGGAUGGAGGCCGUGUUGACGGUGGAUGGGCAGCCCUUCGAGCCGGUGGAAGGUACGAUUGAGGACAAGGGAGGUGUUCAUGGAGAUGUUCAGGGAGAUGCUCAGGGAGACGAUGUUCAGGGAAUACCAACAUGAAGUAUCGCCCACUGCCCACUGCUGCACAUCAGUUUCACCAUCACAAUGACAUUAGCAUGCAUCG